UUCAUGCGUAUAGUGCACAAACGAGUACUGACCUUAGACUUUUGCUGACACCAGGGCACAUAAGGCGCUGUAUUUCGCCGUUCAACAGUCCAAAGAGCUCGCAUCCAAUUCUAGACGCCUGUAGUAUCAAGAAGAAAAUACAAUGGAUGCUCUUAUGAACCGCCUUACAAAGCCACAAAAGGAUAAGAUCACACAAUUUCGAAGUAUAACUGGAGCAAGCGAGAAGGUCGCGACGGAAUGCCUAAAGAACGCCGGGUGGGGUGUGGAGGCGGCCAUCGACCACUUCUACUCGUCAGGGCUUGCGGCACAGGCGACGACGGCGUCAGGAGGCCUGGACCUGCGGGCGGUGGAGGGUCUGUACCAGCGCUACAAGGAGCCGGGCGAGGACUACAUCGGCGUGGACGGCGUGCAAAAGUUCUGUGAGGAGCUGGAGGUGGACCCCACAGACAUCGUGGUGCUGGUGGUCAGCCACUACAUGAACGCGGCGGUUAUGUGCGAAUAUAGCAAGGACGAGUUUACGUCGGGGCUGGUGAAGCUGGGGGUGGACAGCAUCGACAAGCUCAAGCGAAAGCUGCCAGACCUGCGCGCUGAGCUCAAGAACGACAGCAAGUUUCGGGAGGUGUACUCUUUCGCCUACAACUUCUCGCGAGAGAAGGGGCAGAAGUGCGUGCAGCUGGACACAGCCAUCGGCAUGUGGCAGCUGCUGUUCGCGGUGCCGGAGCAGCGCUGGCCGCUCAUCGAUGACUGGUGCGAGUUCCUGACGCAGCACCACAACAACCGCGCCAUCAGCAAGGACACGUGGCAGCAGCUCUACGAUUUCAUAAAGACGGUCAAGCCCGACUUCUCCAACUUUGACGAGAACAGCGCCUGGCCCUACCUGCUGGACGAGUUCGUGGACCACAUCAAGACCAAGCGCGGCGGGCAAUGAUGACGCCAGCGCGGCGGGUUGCAGGACACACGGGCUUGGGGUGGGGUGGGAAUGGGGGGGUGUAGUGGUGUACAGGGAAUGGGCAAGGGAUUAGGCAGCGAGUGACGCGUGUAACGUGGCGGCUUGAUUUGGGGGCUAAGAACGAGGCGGCUGCAAGUGCCUAGUGUUUGGGUGUAAUCAUGGAUGUGUACAACAGGAAAGUCCGAUGGGUCAUCGAAUGUGGAGCUACGGGACGAAGAAUGGUGAGGGCUCGAAGUUCCAGUGUUAGCGGAGCAAGGGGAGGCACACUCCUCUUGGCCACCUUCCCAACUACUACCACGAAUGUGAGAGUGCAAAGGUUUGGGGCGUCUGAACUACAUACGAUUUGGACACUCCGCCAUCCAACCGGGUGUGAGUACUGAUACCUUGUGCUGCAGUCACCAUUUCAUUGGCUAGACCAGGCCCUAGGCCGCUCCGUACGUCCUUCACAGAGCGGUGCACGCAGAAACACCGUUAGGCAGCUGAUGUGCGCCGAGCUGACCUUGAAGAGGGUUGGAGCGGCGGAGCGUUUGGUGUGGUGUGGGCGGUGCGGCGGCGGAGUGACACUCAAGGGUAGGCACGAUGGUGUUGCAGCGACGCUGCACGUGCGGCGCGUGGGUAUGCAGGCUGGGACACAGCGCAUGCCGUCGCAAAUCGCGACAGCCUGGAGCUUUUUUAAGAUACAGUGAGAAUA